AUCGGAUCCUAAAAAUCUCGUAUCGGAACAAGUAAACGUUCACUUAAAUAAAUUCAAAUACCUGCACAAAAAUGUAUUGAACAAGGAAUCAUCGAGGAUAGCAUCCUCAAUGCAAGUGGUCGACGCUUUAAAGCAGUUAGCAGAGUAUUUGAUAUGGGAAGAUAGGACCGAUCAAGAUUAUAUCUUCGAAUACUUCUGUGAGGAAAAUAUCAUGGAUUAUCUAACAGGGGUUUUAUGCCGCUCUACGUCCCGAACAAUAAGAAUACAACUCAUACAAACAAUGUCAAUGUUAAUACACAAUAUCGGUAAAAAAAAAACUUUGUACUAUAUACUAAGCAAUAAUUAUCUGAACGAGCUGAUAUCUGUCCCAGAAAUGUACAGCGGAGGGGACAUAAGCAGCUGGACAGUUUCACUACUAAAAACAAUAUCAUCAAUACUGGAUAAAUCAACGAUAAAGUUCUUUUUCCUACAGAAAAAUGAAACAUUCCCACUACUGGAUAAAAGUUUGCUAUUCUUGAGUAGCCACGAUAGUAUGAAGCGAGCACACUUUAUGACAAUUAUACUUAAUAUAUUCAGAGUAAAUGACAAGGAUGUAAAUGACUACAUUGUAAACAAAUCGGAAAUAUUGUCAAGAUUAGUGUUGUACUUAAAGUACUGCUGGCAUCGCCAGAACAAAUAUUACGUCAAACACAAGUCGUUCAGUAACACCAUUUUAAGUGAGUCAAAUGACGUGCUGUGUUUCAUCGAAGAGUUGAUGGAUUUGGAAAUCGAACUAAUUAACCAGAGAAUACUCUACCUUAUGUUUGUAAUUUGUUUCAUACCGCUGAUUAGAAGACUAGUUAACGUUGAUGUGAACAUGGAGAAACUUACUGUAGAUAUCGGUUCAUCUCCCAACUACAGUGAUUUGUACAAUAAGCUAUCAAACUCCAUCGGGUUAUCAUUUUUCUACAUUAAUAAUAAAACACUACUCUUUAAUACAAACAGUGCCGAUACUACGCCAAAUGUAAACAUACAAAACCAAUCUUCCCCAAAAACAAACACUAAACCGCCCACUAACUCAGUUAAUGACAGUGAGUCAAAAGUACCUGAAGAGAACAAAACAGAAAAGAGUGAAAAAAACAAUCUACUAAGUGAUUAUGAACACAAUAACUUUGAUUUACCUAACGACUUUGAUCUUGAUAGGGGAGGAGAUGUUACAAUAAAUGAGGUUAUAUAUAACAUAUUGGUGACCGUAAUAAUAAACAGCAAAAGAAAAGAGUUUGUUAAUCCCCUGACAGCUCUAUUAUUUUCACCAGUUAUACCGCAGAAUUUGUUAUACAUCAUAACAAGUAGUUCAUCCGAUAAAACAAGUAAAUCUGCGACAAAUAACACUAAUUCGCCACAAGUGUCAUCAGCAGUAACAACCCCAAGAAACUAUAACCCCGUCGAUGAAACGUUUGAAUAUAAAAACUACAAAAUCGAUGAAGAAAAUGUGGAAAUCUUUCAUAUGUUAUUAUCGUUCAAUGAAUUUUUAAGUAAUCUAAACACAUUAAAGAAUGACUCCAAUGGUGGUAAUGAUGAUGGUGACAAGUGUGAAAAGGGGGAAUUCGAGUCUGAUAACCCUUCAGUGAAUUUAGAGGAUAGUUCGCAUAAACAUUGUCCAGAUGAUAGUAGUAAAACUGUUCUGAAUGUAAUAAUGGGUUUAUUUAUAUAUGACGGGUUGAAAUCGUUAAAGUAUAACAACGACAACAACAAGAUGAUGAAUUUGCUAAAGCUGCUAAUUCACUUACAGAAUAAGGUCUUUAUUUACAAGAAAAGUAGUACUGAACAGUGUAACCUGAUGGUGAUAUUGAAGAGCAUGUUUAACAAUAACGAGAUUUACCUACAGUUAUUCAAUGUGAUCAGUAUCAAUAUGACGAAUUUCAACUUCAACAUUUUGGUCUUAAAACUGUAUAACUUUUUCCUUCAAAAUUACAUUAAUUUCAACACAAAAAACGAGAAUGACCCAAAUUUAGUGGAUAGUAAAGUGAGAAAUAGUUCAGAAUUGGAGAAUAAUGUAGAAGAUAAAGGUGAGCCGAAUGGUAAGGAAGUUGACCAAGGAGUUGAUUUGGAACCUAUUAAACCUGAUUCCAGUGUGGUUGAUAACAGUAAAAUAAUAAAAAUGGAUGCUUUGAUAGAUGAAAUAAAGUUCCACCUGGACAUAGUGUAUAACAUAAUUAGAAUUUAUAUACUAAACUCAGUUGAGUCAACCACAACAUUGCUGUAUUUAUCAAUUUUUUACGUUGAAUGGAUCAAGUACAUUAAGUUGUAUUAUAGUACGCUGAAUUUGACAGUUAACGAUAUCAUGUUCAUUGAUGAAAAUGACACUAACGAACAGGAAGUCACAAACACCAACCACGAAGUUGUUAUCAAUUACUCACCAAUUAACAUAUUCAAGAGAUACAUCAUGAUGAUAUUGAUACUUAAGGAGUUGUACAAUACUAUAAGUGUUAACAUAAACAGCUUUAAAAAGAAUGAUAGAAAAUACAUCAAAGAUAUACAUGAGACCAACGACUACAUAUAUGAAUCGUGCCCACUAUUUUAUAAUCAGUUGGAUAAAUUAUACAUAAAAAAUACCCAAAUCAAAUUAGGAAAUGUGAUAAAUCUAGUCGAUGGUGACGUCAACUUUUUCAAGUGCCUUAUCAAAAAUAAGAACGAGCAGAGAAAUAGAAUAAUACUCUUGCACGACGUGUUUUUCAUAUUGGCUAAAGUUAAAAGAAGCCACGGUAGUCAUAGUAGCCAGCAUAGAAAGAUGAGUAACAGCUUUGACGAGGCAGAUAAGGAAAGUGUGAACCUGGAAAUAACCUGUGUUCAUUUAUUGUGGAAUUGUAUUAUUAAGAAAAUCGACAAACAAAACAACAAAUUUAAUAUUUUAAUCUCAUGGCACCCCAAAUUCAAGAGUCUAACCCCGUCAAAUAGGUGGAAUGAGAAUAUCAACGUGAUGACGAGCGAAUUUGACAUAAUAUUCAAUAAUGUUAACGAUUUAAAUGCAGUUUUAAAGUUACAUAACAGUAACAAGAAGAACCUGUCGAACAAUUCAUUACUGUCCUUACAAGACUACUUAUACAACUAAUAUACUAUGUGU